CAAGGACCACUUGAAGAGGAAGACUUAUAUCAGCACCGUAAAGAUUUAGAUAGUGAACGAGUAACUACAAAGUUUUCAGUCUUGUGGGAGGAAGAACAGAAACGUAAAAAUCCGAGUGUAAUACGUGUGAUUAUACGAGCGUAUGGCUCAAUAUUUUUACCAUUGGGUAUUAUGUAUUCACUUUGUGAAUCUGUCACGAAAGCGCUGCAACCGCUUUUCCUAGGAGGACUCGUCUCUUAUUUUGCUACAGGUCAAACCACUAUUACCGAAUCAGAUGCAUAUCUUUACGCUAUUGGCAUCGUUGUGUGCUCAAUUGUACCGGUGCUGUCAUUUCAUCCUUUUAUAUUUUACAUAUUUCAAGUCGGAACGAAAAUUCGGUUGGGGCUCUCUGGUUUAAUAUAUAAGAAGUGUCAACAAAUCUCUACCUGCGCAAGUAACGAUGGACUACGAGGUCGGGCCAUCAACAUACUUUCAAACGAUUUGGGUCGUUUUGAUGUAGCUUUAUGCUUUUUACAUGAUGUUUGGAAAGGUCCAGCGGAAUCGUUGCUUAUUGGUUAUUUGAUGUAUCGUGAAAUUGGUGUCUCAGCAGUUAUAGCUAUAUGUUUUAUGCUUAGUUUUAUACCGCUUCAAGCUUGGGCGGCAAAAAAAGCUGCUUACUAUCGUCAGAAAACAGCAGAACGUACUGAUCUGCGUGUUAAGCUAAUGAAUGAAAUUAUACAAGGUAUCCAGGUAAUUAAGAUGUAUGCAUGGGAGAAAUCUUUUGCUAAGGUUAUUGCCGAAGUGCGCUUAAAAGAAGUACGUGCCAUUCGUGGUACAGCAUACAUACAUGCAGCGCUCAGUUGUACUUCAAUGAUUUCACCGCUUUCAGUAUUUUUGGCUUUGGUGUCUUAUGUGUACUUGGGAGACACACUUACAGCACAACGAGUUUACACAGUCUCUUCCUACUUUAACAUGCUAAACGAUUCAAUGGUGCACUUUUGGCCACUUGCCAUUACAUUUAUUGCAGAAGCUUGUGUAUCUGCUCGUCGUACUAAAGAGUUCUUGUUAGAUGGUAACGAAGCUGAGGCACCAUUAAAAAGAGAAAAGUCGAAGGAUGAUACUGUGUAUACAAAAGGAACUAAACUUGAAGAAGACAAAGUAGAUGGUAUCGUUAAGAAUGGCGAUUCAGAGAAGAAGUUUAAUGGUACCUCAAUGCAGAAAAUUAUUCCAAAAACUAUUUGUGUACGCGAUUUUCAACCGAAGAGUGAAAACAAGUGCGUUGUAUUGCGCAAUGUUUCAGCUACUUGGGAAAAUAAUGGUGGUGAAGGAAACGCCGCCUUAAAAGAUUUUAAUGUUGAAAUUAAGGAUCAAACUUUAGCAGCUGUGGUAGGACCAGUAGGUUGUGGCAAAUCCACCUUUUUGAAUGUACUGCUCGGGGAAGUAAAAAUCGAUUCCGGUGAAGCAUUAGUACAUGGAAAAAUAUCGUAUGCCGCCCAAGAGCCAUGGGUUUUUGAAGGCACUAUUCGCGAUAAUAUUGUUUUCGUUGAAGAUUAUAACGAGCGACGAUAUAACCGUGUACUAAAAGUUUGUGCACUCGAAAGAGAUUUAGAGCUAUUUCCUCGUGGAGAUCUAACCAUUGUAGGAGAACGCGGUGUGAGUUUAAGUGGGGGCCAAAAGGCACGUGUUAGUUUGGCACGUGCUGUAUACCGAAAAGCUGAUAUAUACUUAUUAGAUGAUCCAUUGUCGGCAGUAGAUACUCAUGUUGGUAAACAUAUCUUUGAGCGUUGUAUUACUGAUUUUCUUUCGGGUAAAAUCCGUAUACUUGUAACACAUCAACUGCAGUAUUUAUUUGAUGUAGAACAGUUGCUGUUAAUGAGUUCUGGCAGUCUUGUUGCGCAAGGUAGCUACCAAGAAUUACAAAAAUCGAAACAGUUUCAAUUUUUAGAGCAAACGCACGAGGAAGGAGGGGAUGAUGCUGUUAGUGUAGGUAGUCAUAUAAGUCGAAGUGAUUCGGAGAAAAGUAUGGAACACCAUCAGAAACUUCUAAAGCCAGGAGAACAACCUGCUGAAGAUGCUAACAAGGAAAUGCAGGCUGUCGGAUCUGUGAAAUUUAGUGUAUAUAUGUCAUAUUUUAAGGCACUAGAAAGCAACAUUAUUUUAUUAGUAAUCGUGGGCUUGUUUAUCUGUACUCGUUUUAUGUUAACUGGAGUAGAUUAUUUCUUAUCACGCUGGGUUAUAUGGGAAGAAAAAGUAGCACUUGUUGAUGAAUCUAUUCAACCAAAAUCAGUUCUUUGGACCGAAGGAGAAGAAAAUUCCACUUUCAACACAACACUACCAUCUACAAUGCAUACAUUUAGCGUGGAAAAUGAGACAGAUAUAAUUUCCAAUGUUACUAUUAGAAAAAUUGAUAAUGAGGACGAAAAACGACAAGAACUAAUCAUAUUUUACUCAAUUAUAUUAGGAGCCACUCUGAUUAUACAUUUGAUGCGUACAUUCGGUUUCUUUAGAAUGUGCUUACGAAUUUCGUUAAAGUUACAUGAUCGUUUGUUCCGUGGUAUUACAAGAGCUAGUAUGUACUUCUUCAAUACGAACUCUUCCGGUCGCAUUCUGAACCGAUUCUCGAAGGAUAUACGCACAGUAGAUACAGAUAUGCCGCACACAUUAUUUGAUUGUUUCUCAUUUGCCAUUGAUGUUUCUGGAGUUUUAAUAAUUGUUGCUGUUGCCAACUAUUGGCUUUUAGUCCCUGCGAUUGUAAUCAUAGGAUGCCUAGUAAUGCUGAGAUAUCUUUACGUUAACACUAGUCGAAGCGUUAAGCGCAUAGAGUCAAUAACGCGCAGUCCUGUUUAUUCACUUACAAAUCAGACAUUUCAGGGUCUAGUUACUAUACGUGCCUUGGAGGCUGAAUCUGCACUAGAAACAGAGUUUCAUGAUUAUCAAAAUGCUAAUACCUCCGCUUGGUUCCUGUUCUUAUCUUGUACUCGCGCAUUUGCCCUUUGGUCUGAUAUUGUAUGCGUCUUAUAUAUUUCAGCAGUAACCUUUAGUUUUCUGUUGUUGGGCAAAGAGUUCAACAGUGGAGAUGUUGGCUUGGCUAUAUUACACUCUACAACAAUGAUUGGUAUGUGCCAGUGGGGUUUGCGACAAACCGCUGAGUUGGAAAAUGAAAUGACUAGUGUGGAACGUAUUAUUGAAUACAUGGACCAACCAUCAGAGCCGCCACUGGAAACUGCUGAGAAAUUUAAGCCAAAAGGUGAUUGGCCUAAUAAAGGACGUAUUGAAUUCAGUGAUUUUAAGUUAAAAUAUUCGCCCAAUGAUGUUUAUGUACUUAAAGAUUUAAAUUUCACGAUUGAGUGUCGUGAAAAAAUUGGUAUUGUUGGACGCACAGGUGCUGGUAAAUCAUCAAUAAUACAAUCAUUAUUUAGAUUGGCCUGCAAUGAAGGUUUAAUUCGCAUUGAUGAUGUCAAUAUUGAAAAUAUGGGCCUACAUGAUUUACGUAGUAAAAUUUCGAUUAUACCACAAGAUCCAGUUCUUUUCUCAGGUACUUUGCGCUAUAAUUUAGAUCCAUUGGAUGAACGCAGUGAUGCAGAAAUGUGGAAGGCGCUGUCUGAUGUGGAAAUGCGUGGCCACGUUUCAACGUUGAUUGGUGGCUUAGAUUGCAGAAUGUAUGAUGGUGGUUCAAAUUUCAGUGUGGGGCAAAGACAACUGGUUUGUCUGGCACGAGCUAUAUUAAGGAAAAAUCGUAUAUUGAUAAUGGACGAAGCUACCGCAAAUGUGGACCCAGAAACUGACAAACUUAUCCAAAAAACUAUACGCUCCAAGUUCGCUGACUGCACAGUGCUAACAAUCGCUCAUCGAUUACAUACAGUAAUGGAUAGUGAUCGGGUGUUAGUGAUGGAUGCAGGGCAGGCUGUGGAGUUAGGACAUCCGUAUGAGCUUCUACAAAAUCCCAACGGCUAUUUAAGAGAACUAGUAGACAAAACUGGUACAGCUACAUCUGCUGCACUAUUACAAACUGCUAAAUAUAGUUACAAUAUAAAGCACAAUGAGUCUGGCAUUGAAGAUUUAAACAGUUCAUAGUAAGCUAACUGAUUUGCCACGGAGUGAUACUAGAAUUUA